UACAGGGAGAGUGAAAGUGGAGAGGCAGCAGGCAGACGUGUUGCAACAGAUGGUUUUACCAGCGGCGGCUCGGCGGCUGCAGCAAGGAACUCUGGGACGCCGUUAGAUCCAGAUAGAGAGAAAGGGAGGGAGGGGUGUUAGUAAAGUCACAGCAGAGGGAAAAGAAACCGAGUGAAACCUUUUCGCUUCUUCUUUUUCUUCUUCCUCCCCCUUCAGGCUACAAACUCUUCCUCUCCAGACAGACAGGAAGACAGUGUCAGAGUGAGUUUAGUGGCUAAAAGGAGCAACAGUUUAAUGGAGGUGAUGUGACCGAUCCCUUCAUCCUCUUCAUCCUCUUCUUCUUCUUCUUCCUCCUCCUGCACAUCGGGGGUCAAAGAGGAAAACACCUGCUGACAGCCAGGAGGUCCUGAGGGAGGAAACACAGCAGGAGGACUGAACCCAGCAGGAGGCUCAAACUGAAGGUUUCUGCUGAGCUGAACACAUUGUGUCAAACUGCACUUUACGCCUGCACAAGACGUUGAGCCUCCAGGGGGGAAGCAGCUGAUUGGUUGAUCUUGUCUGGAGGUCAGGGGUCGAAGGCCAUGGCGGGCCGACUCCUCCUCUUCCUGUUCGUCACGGUGACGCUCGGCCACGCCCACUUCCCGUCUGGCCAGCGUCAGAAGCCCCGCCUCCAGAGAGACCGCCGCAACAUCCGGCCCAACAUCAUCCUGAUCCUGACCGACGACCAGGACCAGGAGCUGGGUUCGAUGCAGGCGAUGAAUAAAACUCGCCGCAUCAUGGAGGAGGGCGGGACUUCCUUCUCCAACGCCUUCGUGACCACGCCCAUGUGCUGUCCGUCACGCUCCAGCAUGCUCACUGGGAAGUACGUUCACAACCACAACACCUACACCAACAACGAGAACUGUUCCUCGAUGUCAUGGCAACGGCAGCAUGAGCCACGGUCCUUCGGGGUGUACCUGAACAACACUGGAUACAGGACAGCCUUCUUUGGGAAGUACCUGAAUGAGUACAAUGGCACGUACGUCCCCCCCGGGUGGAGGGAGUGGCUCGGCCUGGUGAAGAACAGCCGCUUCUACAACUACACACUGAGCCGCAACGGAGUCCGAGAGAAGCACGGAGCCCAGUACCCACAGGACUACCUGACGGACCUGAUCACGGCCGAGUCCAUCCGGUACUUCCGCUCCUCGAAGAGAGUGUAUCCUCACCGGCCCGUCAUGAUGGUGCUGAGCCACGCCGCGCCGCACGGACCUGAAGACUCAGCGCCGCAGUACAGCACCGCCUUCCCCAACGCAUCACAGCACAUUACUCCCAGUUAUAACUACGCUCCCAGCCAGGAUAAGCACUGGAUCAUGCGUUACACCGGCGCCAUGAAGCCCAUCCACAUGGAGUUCACCAACAUGCUGCAGAGGAAGAGGCUGCAGACGCUGCUGUCUGUGGACGACAGCGUGGAGAAGCUGUACAACAUGCUGGUGGAGACAGGAGAGUUGGAGAACACCUACAUCAUCUACACGUCUGAUCACGGCUACCACAUCGGACAGUUUGGCCUCGUCAAAGGGAAAUCCAUGCCGUACGAGUUCGACAUCAGAGUCCCGUUCUUCAUCAGAGGACCCAACGUCGAGCAAGGCACCAUUAACCCUAGCAUGGUGCUGAACAUCGACCUGGCUCCGACCAUCCUGGACAUCGCCGGCCUGGACACGCCUGCAGACAUGGACGGGAAGUCCAUCCUGUCCCUGCUGGACACCGAGAAGCCUGUGAACAGGUUUCAAGUGAACAAGAAGCCGAAGCUGUGGAGAGACUCCUUUCUGGUGGAGAGAGGGAAGCUGCUGCACCAGCGGGUGGAUGGGAAAGGAAGUGUCCUCAGGAGGAAAAACUUCCUGCCCAAACACACGAGAAGGACCUACUGUCAGAGAGCCGAGUACCAGAAGCCCUGCCAGCAACCAGGACAGAAGUGGCAGUGUGUGGAGGACGCCACAGGUAAACUCCGCCUCUCCAAAUGUAAGAAUGAAGGCGGAGCAGCAGCAGCUAAGAUCUUCGGGCGUCAGCGUCCUCUCAGCAUCAAGUCUCAGAAGUACAGACGUAACUCUGAAGACUGUGACUGCGACCUCAGUGACCUCCGACCUCUGAACCCGAGACCCUCCAUGACGAGGCCGUUCAACAAGAAGCCGUUCUUCUCCAAGAAGAAGUUCAAAACCCUGAAGAGUUACUCCAGGAACCGUUACAGCCGCUCUGUGUCCAUAACGAACAGUUACCCCGGUAACGACAGCAUGGUGGGAGGGGAAGACUGGCCUCAGCCAAUCAGCGACGAGGACGAGUUCAGCGGGAUGGGAGGAGAUCCCAACGGCGUCUCUCUGCCAAACUCACACAAGGUCACACACAAAUGUUUCCUUCUCCCUAACGCCACAGUGAAGUGUGAUACUGGAGUGUAUCAGUCUCUGCAGGCCUGGAAGGACCACAAGCUGCACAUCGACCACGAGAUUGAGACGCUUCAGACGAAGAUAAAGAACCUGCGAGAGGUCAGAGGUCACCUGAAGAAGGCCCGGCCGCUAAAGUGUGACUGUAAUAAAUACCUGUUUAAGUCCAAACUGAAGAAUAAGCUGAGGUUCAGAGGUGGCGGGCACCCCUUCAGGAAGGGCGGCGCUCGGGACAAGAAGGAGUGGAUUCUGAAGGAGCAGAAGAGGAGGAAGAAGAUGAGGAAGAUGAUCAAGAGGAUCAGAAACAAUGACACCUGUUCGAUGCCCGGACUCACCUGCUUCACUCACGACAACCAGCACUGGCACACUGCUCCCUUCUGGACAUUGGGUUCGUUCUGCGCCUGCACCAGCGCCAACAACAACACCUACUGGUGUCUGAGGACGAUCAACGAGACACACAACUUCCUGUUCUGUGAGUUCGCCACCGGCUUCCUGGAGUAUUUCGACCUCACCACAGACCCAUAUCAGUUGAUAAACGCCGUCAGCUCUUUGGACCGGACCGCCCUCAACCAGCUUCACGUGCAGCUGAUGGAGCUCAGAGCCUGCAGAGGGCACAAGCAGUGCAACCCCCGCACACGCUCAAUGGAGCCGGGAGGGCGGGACCAUGGCAGCUUUGAUGACUACAGGAUGUUUGAGAGGAAGAAGUGGCCAAGAAUCAAGAAACCUUCGUCAUCCCGAACCCUAGGUCCUAUCUGGGACGGCUGGAAGGGCUGAGCCUCCUGAUUGGUCGGAGCAGGGUGUGGUCGUCGAGGCAACACCUUCCGUCAUCCACCACGCCUACAUCUCACCUGUCAGCCAAUCAGCUUCUGCCAUCUCUGUGACAUCACUCUGCCCUCCCACCCUGCUGCUCAGGGACUCGCUGGGACGAAGCUCUCUUCAUCAGCUGAUCCUUCC